CUUGCCUCGCCCGGAGUUGAAUGCCCGCCCCUCCCCUCAGGCUAUGCAUCUCCGCCCGUCAAAUCAUGUCGUGGUGAUCAGUCCGCGGACAUGGCCACCGACAAUUCGCCUCUCCUCCUCAGAGCCAAGAGCACAAGACACCGCAGCACUCGAGCUCGCUGCGAUUUGGUCAUAUGCGCGGCUGCAUGGCCGUCAUCUCUCGCUGCGGCUCUGGACAGCCAGCCCAAGCCAUUCGUCCGAAACUCACACCCAAGCCCGCACGGGAAAGGAUGCAGAUCCUUCAAUGACCUGGGGCAGCCUUUCCGUGCUCAAACACCCGAAACCAUUCCGACAACAGCCAGCCAGCGGGUCAGCGCCAACAUGGCUGGUUCCCACGGCUCAGUCGCCCCGUCAUGCCACAGCAGCUAUCGCAAUCCACAAGCAGCCAAAAACAACCCUGGUCAAGCACCCCCCCCCGGCCAAGCGCAAUCCGUCCAAACGCAUGCCCGCCGGAGUCCAUAAAAGCUCUCGCACCGCCGCUGCACCUUCGCCCUCCACACAUCCUCCUUCCGCUGCUAUCCUGCAUCUCCUUCGAGCUGGCUCUGCGCCUAUUGUCGAUAUGGCCCUCAACUCCUCUUCAGUCGCCGCAAGGCUGGGUGCGCUGGUUCAGCAUCAAUCUCCCAACAAUCCGCGGCUGAAGGCGUAUCAGGCUGCCUUUGCCCUCGCCUCGGCCGCCGCAAGUAUUCAAGAAAGCCCUCGAGUCUGGGCCGUCCUUUCGGGCAAGUCCUAUGAAGCGGUGCAAGUCUUGAGCGGACUCGACGGUGAUGAAGCUCUGUUUCGUCAACGAGCCGAUCGGCUCGCUGCCCUCUUUGAGCGCAUCGUUCGCUGGUACAAUGACCAAGUGCGGUGGUGUCCCAAGAGUGAGCGAAUCUUCAAGGCCCCUCGGGUUCGCAGGAAGGUCAAAGUCUUCCUCGGUGAGCUGACGGGGCUGCUGCAGGGCAUUGCAUCUCCUCCGGGUGCGACUGCAGAACCCGCCCUCGAUGAUACAGCGCUGAGCAGCGCCAUCCGCCAGGACGAAGAGCAGGAGCGGCUCUCGCUACAGCGGCUCAGGGAUCUGCUCCUCCAGGACCGCACUGCUGCUCUUGUUGAGAUGGACAUCCUUCUCGACAGACAGCACGAGUGGCAGAUCCGCCGCAUCACCGACGUUCUCCAAACCCUGGUCCAAGAUGCCGAUCCAGCCAUGGCUCCGUCUGCCGCUCUCCUGCUGGAGGCCCUCCAGAGCGCAUCGGCUGUCGCCAGGUCCAUCCAGCCCGAGAGUUGGCGCAUUCCCUUCAACGCCGUCACCAACUGGUCGCCCAACCCGAUUGCCGGAGGCGGGUUUGGGCUCGUCUACAGGGCAACCUACUAUGGUUCCGACGUCGCAAUCAAGCAGCUCCUGUGCAGCUACGAAGAGGCUGCCAUUGCCGAGUUCCGCCGGGAAAUCAGCGUCUGGCACCGCCUGAACCACCCAAACAUCCUCCCCCUCCUCGGCGCCUGCGACACCGUCGAGAAGCCCUUCAUGGUCUCGCCUUUCAUGAAGAACGGUACGCUGCGGAACCAUGUAUCCAACCCUGACGCCGCCCGGCCCCUGGCCGAGAAGCUGCGACUCAUGUAUGAUGUCGCCUCGGGCAUGGCCUACCUACACGGCAAUCACAUCGUUCACGGCGACCUCAAGAGCGACAACGUCUUUAUUGAUUCGGGCGGCCACGGCGUCGUCGCCGACUUUGGCCUGUCCCGCACCAAGAGCACCUCGAGCGCUUCGCGCAAGCAAGUCCCCGGCGGGACGAUGGAGUACAUGGCGCCCGAGAUGCUGGGCGUCGGCAAGGACGAGCCCACCGGAUCAAGCAAAAAAUCAGACGUCUACGCCUUCGGCAUCACCUUCUAUGAGGUGCUUCACAACGGCAGGAUCUGGACCACCUCGACGGGCGUCAGCCAGACGCAGCAGCAGAUCCUGUCGUCGCUGAUGCAGGGAAGGCGGCCGCGCCGGACCGAUGGCAUACCCGACGACAUCUGGGCACUGAUCGACUCGUGCUGGCAAGACGACGAUGCACUGAGGCCGUCGUUUUCGUCCAUCCUUGCUGCUCUGCAGCCGUACCGGCCUCCACACGGCCGAUACAGCAAAGUGCGCUGCCUCGCACCUCGGACUCAACGUCACAUUCCGGCCCGACGCUGAUAGAUCGGUCGCUCGACCAAAUUCUGGUGGAGCCCGUGCCCGAGCCCGAGUCUGUGCCAGAGCCGACCAUGGACAACCACGCAAUCCCGUCCUUGCAUGAUGCAAGGCUCCUCGAGGCAGCCAUCCGGCCCGAUCCCACGACCGUCUCUCCCUUCUCGCCUCCGCCUGGGUCUGGCCUGUCGGUCGACUUGCUUGCCAUCGAUCGAUUGCGAUCGACCCGGGGCUUCAGCCCUGGCCGUCCUCCUUUCGCAGCGCCGGUUGACGAAGCUGUCCUGAUCCAAAUCGAGCCGCACGCCGUCGACGGCCCUCUGGCAGCUGUCGUCGAGA